AAUUCAUGACCAACCAUCCUGUUUAUAUAGGCGCCUUGAAGAAGUUCAUAUGCAUAAUAUUCAAAGAAAAAAAUGGGUAUCGACGCCGAUGAAGAAACCCAGCUCCUGAUAGUCUCUCAAGGUUCGGAAUCGUCGUUCAUCAAAAGAACUGGAACAAUAUGGAGCGCAAUGGCACACAUUAUCACAGGAGUAAUAGGUGCAGGAGUUCUUUCCCUUGCUUGGAGCACUGCCCAACUCGGCUGGAUCGCCGGUCCUCUUUCCAUGAUCAUCUUUGCAGCCAUCACUCUUUUAUCCACCAACCUACUUUGCGACUGUUAUCGUUCACCUGACUCUCAAACCGGACCUACCCGAAUCCCCUCCUUCUUAGAAGCUGUUGAAUUCUAUUUGGGAAAGACCAGUAGGACUAUCUGUUCCAUUGUCUUUCAUGAGAGCCUGUAUGGUAAUGGAGUUGCAUACAUUAUCACAGCAGCUUCAAGUGUUAGAGCAAUUGAAGAAUCAAACUGCUAUCAUAGAGAAGGUCAUGAUGCUACAUGUAAUUAUGGGGACACUUAUUAUAUGAUGAUGUUUGGAGCUGUGCAGAUUGUGAUGUCCCAAAUUCCAGAUUUUCAUAACAUGACAUGGCUCUCUGUUACUGCUGCAAUCAUGUCGUUUUCUUACUCGACUAUCGGGUUAGGACUCGGCGUGGCAAAAGUGAUUGAAAAUGGGAAGAUUAAAGGGAGCAUUGCAGGAGAGGGGACUAGUUCUCUAUAUGUCAAAUUAUUUUUGAUUUUUGAGGCUAUUGGUGAUAUUGCUUUUGCAUAUCCAUAUUCUAGCAUUCUUCUAGAAAUACAGGACACUCUAAAGACCCCACCACCUGAAAAUCAGACCAUGAAGAAAGCUUCAUCUGGUGCAAUCUACACUACAACCAUGUUUUACCUCUGUUGUGGGUGUUUUGGGUACGCUGCUUUUGGAAGUGUUACUCCGGGAAACCUCUUGACAGGAUUCGGUUUUUAUGAACCAUACUGGCUCAUCGACUUCGCCAACGCUUGCAUCAUUGUUCAUUUAAUUGGAGGAUUCCAGGUAUUCAGCCAACCAUUGUUUGCAUUCGCUGAAAGAUGGUUUACAGAAAAGUACCCAGAGAAUGGAUUCGUAAACAAUUGGUAUGUGGUAAAGCUCCCUUUGUUUCUGCCCGAACUGAAGUUGAACCUUCUGAGGCUAUGUUACAGAUCUGGCUAUGUGGUGGUGGCGACAGGAAUCGCAAUGUUGUUCCCUUACUUCAAUCAGGUGCUUGGAAUGCUAGGGGGACUCAACUUUUGGCCAUUGGCAAUUUAUUAUCCAGUGGAGAUGUAUAUAGUACAAAGAAAGAUUAGGCCGUGGACAAGAAAAUGGCUUCUUCUUCAAAUAUUUAGCAUUCUUUGUUUCAUUGUAUCUAUAUUAGCUGUCAUUGGAUCUGUUUAUGGCCUUAUCAAUGCCAAAUUAGGAUAACCAAUAAAUUAAAUGAUAAUACAAUAAUUUCUGAACCAUAUAUAAAACAAACCACAA